AAGAGGCAGGGAGGGGACAGGCUGCAGCCCGGGCAGUUACACGUUUCCCACCCAGGAGCGUCUGUCCUAGUCACCAGCUUGGAGUCCGAGGUGGAUUGGUGACCAUGGCCGGGCUGGUGCUGUCUCCCGUGCCCAGCAACUGUCUGGUGUUGCUGCUGCUGCUUUCAGGUGUGCUAGCAGCCAAAACAGAAGACAAGCACCGGGAUCCCAAAGGAAGCACUUGCUCCGGCAUCCGGCAGAACCCACGCUUCAUAGCCCGGAAAAGGGGCUCCACGGUGGAAAUCAGGUGCUACACUGAGGACCUGGGGACUGUGAGCUGGCUCCGGAAGCGGGAGAUGGACUCGGAGCCCAAGCUGCUGCUGGACGAGGGUGACAUACGGCAGACCCAGAACGGCUCCAUCGCCACGCUCACCAUCAAAGGCAUCCAUUCCCAGCACAGCGGCAUCUACUUCUGCCAGCAGAAGUGCCCAACGGGGUUCCCGAGCAAGGGCUGCAGCACUGAACUGCGAGUCAUGGGGUUAAGCACCUUGGCACAGCUGAAGCGGAGGAACACACUAAAAGAUGGCAUCAUCAUGAUCCAGACCCUGCUCAUCAUCCUUUUCAUCAUCGUGCCUGUCUUCCUGCUGUUGGACAAGGAUGACGGCAAGGCUGGGAUGGAUGAAGACCACACCUACGAGGGCCUGAACAUCGACCAGACGGCCACCUAUGAGGACAUAGUGACUCUGCGGACAGGAGAGGUGAAAUGGUCAGUCGGUGAGCACCCAGGUCAAGAGUGAGGGGCCGGCCCUCCCCACGCCCCUGGGCCCCGCCAGCCGGGCCUGCAUUGACUGUGUGAGAGCCGCCUCCAGCUCCCAGCUCAUCCCCUCUUCCCUGGACCUCGGUCAGCCUCCGAAGCUGGCCCACCGCAUCUGCCUGCCUCCCCGCCGUGGCCCCUGGUCUUGCCACAGAGACUGGAGCAGAAGGGCCGUAGGGCCGAGCAGUGGUUUGGAGUGGAGAGUUCUCUGGGGAUAGACUGGGCCCAGACUUCUGGGGGUGCUGUGUGGGGAUCCAGCCCACGUUCAGAAUGCAGAAGGCAGAGGCUUGUCUGGAACCUGCGAAUGGACUCAGGCAGACCAGCUUCCUGCAGAGCCCAGGAAAAGCUAUGGGCCCUCCCACUUGGCCACAGAUGGGCCACAGAGGGCUACAUGCCCCUCCCACCCUCUCCUACCCUUUCU